AUGUCGCGUAUUGCAACUGCGCGCCUAGCUGAAGAGCGUAAAGCUUGGCGUCGCGAUCACCCUUUUGCCUUCGUUGCACGUCCAGCAAAAAACUCUGAGGGCUGCCUCAAUCUUAGGAUUUGGGAAUGUGCUGUUCCUGGGAAGAAAGGCACUCCUUGGGAGGGCGGACUGUACAAAAUCCGUAUGUUGUUCAAGAGAGACUAUCCAACAACACCUCCGAAGUGCAGAUUUGAGCCGCCAUUAUUUCAUCCGAAUGUGUAUCCUUCCGGUACCGUAUGCCUUUCAUUGUUGGACGAAAAUAAAGAUUGGCGCCCGGCUAUCACAAUCAAACAGAUUCUGCUCGGUAUUCAGGAUUUACUGAAUGAACCAAAUAUUCGAGAUCCGGCUCAAGCUGAGGCAUAUACAAUUUACUGCCAAAAUCGUUUGGAAUAUGAGAAGCGCGUCCGAGCUCAGGCCCGUGCGAUGGCAGCAACUAAUGAGAUAAAUCAAUAA